GCGAUCAGAAGCUUGAAAGAAUUCAGCGGUGCGAAAACGCUACAGAAAUAGUUUUUGUGAAGGACCGAUUCGAAAGAAAAUGCGGGUCUUAGUCCUCGUGACCGCCAUCUUGGCUUCGGCGGUUACUCUGCCUGUCUCCGACGACUACGCCGCCUCAAGGACAGUUUGUCCGAGUUUCAUGAUAAACUGUGAAUGCACCACAACCACAACGGGGGUCUUGGUGUCGUGCAAAAAUUUCAGGGAUCGGAGCCAACUCGUAUCGACAAUGCAUGACCUGAAGGGCUAUAAUCUUCACCAAUUCACAAUGAUGCACUCUAACCUGGAUAUCAAAAACGGCGACUUCGAUGAGGUUAAACUCUUCAACAUGGACGUUGAGUCCUCGAAUUUCACCGCUCGCGACAGCUUUCCAACUGGAAAUGAGAGUAACCUGAGAGUCCUCAAAUUCCAAAACUCAGACCUGGAUUUUGGUCAUUCGGUCGCGGUGAAGGGAACAAAAUUGUCAACUCUCUGGUUCAAUCGUUGCCGAUUCCACAGGGACCCGACGGGGUGGUUCGAGGGGCUCUGGGUGCAGUGGCUACGGAUUGAAAACUGCGCAGAAAUGAACGAUUUCAUCGCUGCGAACCUCGGCGGACUCGAAAAAUACAGCCACAUCGGGAGCAACCUCGCAUCCCUGGAUCGGGAUAUGCUGCCCGAAAAUUCCGAGAGCAUAACCGAGCUCGACUUCAGCUCCAACAUGAUAAGCGCGAUAUCGGAUGAUUUCCUGGAAGGACUGACGAACCUCCAGCGAUUGGAUUUAUCGAAUAACAGAUUGGAAACUCUAAAUGAAGCCAUUUUCAAGAACUUCGGGAACCGUUCCCAGCUUAUCCUAUCGAACAACCCGUUGAAGUGCAGCCCGAAUCUGCUUUGGCUGGCGAGACGACUGAUCGAUGGGAGUCUUCUCCAAGCGCACCGCUACGUCUGCAUCAAUGAAGACGGCUCUCGACAGAGUAUCCGUAGUUUGGCGAGCAGUACCCAGAGUUCUUUCCUUGACGUGGAGGAGAUGAUUGAGAUGUUCCCCAAGCCUGAGAUGCUGGGUGAAACGUUCAUGGGAAUAAGGAAUACCGAGAAUGAAGAUAGUUCGAGGCUGGACAUCCCUCGGAACGUUCGGAUUCUUUUCGAAGAUCCCAUUCUCUGACCCGUGUAGGCCAUGGACGGAAUUAGCAACGUCUGCGGAACUGGCUCUUAGGUAUGCAAUCGGCGCUAGAAAAAGCCGACGAGGGUCUCGUUCGAGAAUAAAUUAUUGACCCCACGUGUUUCGGAGUCGGAAUUUCAAUACUGAACUAUGUCAGAAAUUCCCCGAGCUCCCAGGAAAUUCAGCGGAUUGUUGAGCUCUCGCGUAAAUCAGCUCGGGCACGCAACCUUCAAUGGAAAUUCGCGCAGCGGUCGCGUCGACGAACUGUUCAAUGCUCUGAAUUGAAGUCAAGGAACGUGAACCGG